CGAUAAAAAUCUCCGGUUAUUGAGAUGUUAAUCUCAUGUACGUAUUGUAAAUUUCUCGUUGCCUGUAAUGUUAUGCACCAAAUGAAAGGAGAAAAUGUACCUUAUAAUGUUACUGAUUUUGUCAGUGUUUCCCAUUCCCUCAGAUAUGUUGGUCCUGACAUCCUCGUCAAACUGUACAAACCUUGGGUUUCCAGGGGCAGUACCACACAUAAACGAUACAGCGUUUCUGAAAGGACACGGAAAUUGCUGUAUACCCAGAAGAGAACAUGGAGGAUUUAUGGAAUUGUGUCUGAAAAAUGGAGAAAAGGAUACCUGGCAUGCAUGUCCUGAAGGGACCUAUAACCCUUACAACAUAUCGUCAGAACAUGUAUUCAAUCUUGAUGAGUUAUCAUCCAAAGAGCUGUGCAAGCCGUAUGCUUCUCUGCCACCAAAGGAAGGUGGCAAAGAUAAAACAGAAACCAGGCUCAAUCUAUCCGAAGAGGGAACGUCUGGUUUUAAUUCCUCUCUGGUGACUCGGGUCACAAAGCAAAGAUCAUCUAUUAGCAGUACCAAUAUUGACAUUUCUGAGGUGGAGCCAAACAUAACCUGCCUUGAAGUGUUUGCCACACCAGGAGAUGAAAGGGCAUUUCUCAAUUGUACAGUCACUUCUCUUAAUAUUUCCUGUAAAAAGGUGGUUUUGAAGUCAGCAUCAGGCACACAGGUGUUUGAAUAUGGAAAACAACUUCCUGAUGGCUACCACCUUUCCUGUAUGAAAAGUGAGAGGAACGAAGUACAGAUAGGCCUGGAAAUUCCUGGUAUAACAGAUGAACAUUUGGAAGAUGCAUUCUUCAUCAAAGUGACAACUAUCAAUGGAGAUUUCCAGAAAGAAAUCAAAAUCGAAAGGUCACCAAAUUCCAAUCACGGCCAGACACUGACAGCCACUGAUAUUGUGCCGUUUGCAGUGACUCUCAUUUCUAUCAUCAUCAUCAAGAUGACUUAAUUAUUAUCUUGGUGGAGAUUGAUCAGUUUUUGCCAUCAUGAUUUGUCUGUCGUCGUGCGUCGUUAACUUUUCACAUAUUCGACUUCUUCUCAAGAACCACUGAAUAGAUUUUGACCAAACUUGGCACAAAGCAUGGAAGAUAAAUAGUAAUUCAACGCCAUAUAGAUGGGGGGCUAAAAUGAUAGAUGUAGGAGCUUUUAUGGAUUCUCUUAAAUUAGGAUGGAUUAGAAGAAUCACUCAGUCAUCAGGAAAAUGGAAAGUUCUAUUGAAUUCUUUUGUAGAGGUAAAAAAAUUGUUUCAUUGCGGAAAGGAGUAUGUUAAGUCAUGUAGUAACAAUUGUAGCAAUAUAUUCUGGAAAGAUGUUUUUAAAAGUUGGGUUAGAUUGAAUAAUUCCUUUCCUAUGAGGCAAAGUAAGCCUGAAUCAAUUUUAAAAACGCCUUUAUGGUAUAAUAAUGACAUUCAUGUGGGCAAUAGAUAUGUCUUCUAUCCAGUAAGGUUUAAUGCUGGUAUAUAUACCAUCAAUGACCUAAUGAAAAAUUCUGAUCAUUUGACAUUUUUCUCCUUUGAUGAGUUUCUUCAUAAAUUUGUAAUCGAUACCAACUAUUUACAGCCGUCAAGUGUUUCUUGAGAAAACAUGACUUCCAUCCAUUAGGACUAUUUCAGCCUUUUAUACCACUUCUAUGGGAAAUUUUUUAUAAAAGUCAAAAAGAUGCCAAAGACUUCUACAAUACUAUUGUUAAACCAGCACCAACCCCUACUGGUAUUCGAAAAUCGAGUGAUGAGUUUGACUUUGAUGAUCAGAAGUGGAAAAAUAUAUUAAUAAUUCCGUUUACUAUUACAAAAAGUUCUAAGCUACACUGGUUACAAGUAAGGAUUAUACAUCACAUUCUGGUUACAAACUCCUUUCUUUUCAAUAUUAAUUUAAUACCUAGCCCUUUAUGUACAUUAUGUAAUAUGGAAAGAGAAACUAUUGUUCACUGUCUAUGGGAGUGUAUAGAGGUACAGACUCUAUUGGGGAGAUUUGAAUCUCUUCUUGAUAUUCUUCUGAUUCCUUUCUGGAUAAAGAAAGAAACAUAUUUAUUUGGAAAUAUCCAUCCUAAUGCUAACACUGUAGAUUAUGAAAUUUUAAUUAUCAUUAAACACUAUGUUUAUAUGUCAAGAUGUCUACGAAAAUCUCUUAAUUUAAAUGCUCUUAUAAAUAAGAUUAAGGAUCAUUUCCAUGUUCAAAAGUACAACAUUUCCAGCAAAAACACUAUUAGGAAAAACAAAUUUUGAGAAUAAUUGGAAAAAAUGAAUGCCAAUUUUGGAACUAUAAUAUGUAUGCUAACAAGUCUGUUCCCAAUGGCCAUGGCCUUGACGUUACCAAACUGACUUUAAAUUUAUUGAAUUUCCACAAAAUUAGUGCUAUUUUUAUUUAAUAAUGAUUAUAACCCUCCCAAUUCUCUCUCUCUUUCCCUCUCAUUUUGUUAAGUACAUGUAAGUUUGCUAUGUAAGUGGGUGUGAAUGUUUGAUGAGUGAGUUUGUGUGCAGUAAGUAGUAGAUACAUGUGCAUGAUGACAUAUUCAAGUAAGAGCAUACAAGUGUGAGAGUGUGGGUGUAUGUUUUUGUGUGGUUUCUUUUGUAUAUUGUGUAUUGUGUAAUUUAUAAAAAAAAUAAAAAUUACAAAAAAAAGUGGUCUUAAAACUGAGGUUUCACUGUACCUCCCUUUCCACUUUAUGUGAAAGACCAAAGACUAGUUAGUUCCCCUCUGAUAACUACUCAGAAAUGAAACAGGUCAGGAUCUAUCAUCCUGGAAGCCAUGAUCUCUUUCAGUCUUAUAAAGUGUAACUACAGGCAGUUUAUUGAUAACAAUGAUUACUGAUACAAAAAGCUUGGCCCAACAUUAAAUCAUAGGAAUCAGUCUUUAGCUCAAGGUACAAAACAGGAAACAAUGUAUUUGAUUGUUUUCUCUGAUGUUUACUGGGGAAUUGAAAAGUCUGUUGAAGGAAAUACUUCAUCCUUACAGGAUAGCAUAAAAUCUUGUAUUUUAUCUUUGAAAGUUUGUUAUUGAUAUUUCUUGAGAAGAACUUAAUGAGUCUUUCUCAAAUUUCAUGUGUAAGUUCCUUUUGGUCACUAGUUGUGCCCACCUCUUCAGGAAAACAAGAUGGCUGACAGACAACUAUCUUGUAUUUUAACUUUGAAAGUUUGUUAUCGCUCUUUCUUAAGAAGUUCUGGAUGGAUCUCUCACAAAUUUCACAUGUAAGUUCCCCUUCUUCCCUAGUUGUGCCCAUUUAACUUUUGGUCCGAUCAGAAAAACAAAAUGGCGGAAAGGCAGCCAUGUUGGAUUUUGACUUUAAAAGAUUGUUAUUGCUAUUUCUUGAGAAGUACCUCAUAGAUCUUUCUUAGAUUUCAUAAGUAUGUUCCCCUUGGUCCUUUGUUAUUCUAGUUGGAUUUUGGGACUGAUCAGAAAAAAAGUGGGCGGCAGACAGACAUCUUAGUUUUUAACUUUGAACGUUUUUUAUUGCUAUUUCUUAAUAACAACAUCAUAGAUCUUUCUGUAAUUUCAUGUGUA